UAAGAUGCGUCGACAAACACCUUGCGCUCGGUGGAUUUAUAGCUAUUGGGGAUAAAAGAGGAUUUUUUUUAAAUGGAGUAGGACGCAGUUUGGAGUGUGCAUGUUGUGAAAUGUUAUUAUUUAUUAUAUAAUUUAAUGUUUAAAAUAACCCAAUGGAAAUUGGAGGGCGGAAUCUGAUUGUUGUUUGAGGAGAAGAAGGUUAGAGAGAGAGAGAGAGAGAGAUGCUCAUGAUGGUGAUGAUGAUGAUGCCCGGGUCUCCUGCUUUCUCCCUCCUCGCGCUUGUGUGUCUCGGGUGGUCCUGUGCGCAUGAUGCGGUGAGGAAACCUCGCCAGAUGUUCAGCUCAGGUGACCCAGAUCCUCCUCAGUCCAGCCUGCGGGUCGGUGCAUCAUUCACCGGCCUGACUCCCGCACCCACCGUGCUGCCCGCAGAUGCGCAAUCAUCCACCACCACCACCAUCACCAUCACCACCACCACUGAGCCACCCAGGAGCCACCCCGGCUCUCCAUCCCCGUCACGUCUGGGAGAAGAUGCUGCGCUCCUGGAGCUCCAUCACCAACCCAGAGCUGCGCGUCUGCUGGCACAAAGACGCCAGAGCUCCGUGUCUGAUCAAGCUCAGGACGCAGGGGUUAUCACAACCUUAGACAAUUCCCAAGAGCUGGUGUGUAACUGCAGCACGGAGGGUGUGUCGGACCCGGACGAGUGUGAUCGUGACACGGGACAGUGUGUGUGUUUGGCGGGAUACACAGGGCUCCAGUGCGAGGAGUGUGAGGAAGACCACUUCAGCAACGGCACAGUCGGCUGCCUGCCCUGCGGAUGUGACUCAUUCGGCGCUGUCAGCCCUGAAUGUGACAGCUCGGGGACGUGUGUGUGUAAGACGGGAGUGUACGGCCCCAAGUGUGACGACUGCCAUCCGGGAUUCUUCCACUUCAGCAGCACGGGGUGCCAGCCGUGUCAGUGCAAUGGACACUCCACCUACUGCCACCCGCAAUCCGGUGUGUGUAUGGACUGUCAGGACAACACUCAGGGACACAACUGUGAGGAGUGUAUGCCACGCUACUACCGAGCCCCAGGUGGAGGUGGUGUGAAGGACAAGUGUGUGCCCUGCCCCUGCCCCAGCCACAGCUCUUCAGGCACCUGUCACCUUGAUUCCAGCGCCCACGCUGUGUGUGAUGAGUGUAAGGCUGGCUUCACACCACCCACCUGUGAAGUAUGUGCAGAUGGAUUUUAUAAAUCAGGAAGUGAGUGUGUGCGCUGUGAGUGUAAUGGGAAUGCAGAUCCACACUCCGCGCCUCGGACCUGCCACCCAGAGAGCGGACGCUGCUUCCUGUGCAUCAACCACACCGCUGGAACACACUGUGAGCUCUGUGCGUCCGGAUACACGGGGGACGCGCUCGUACACAACUGUACACUGAGAGCCGGGAGGCUCCUCCCAAUUCCUACAAGAACAUCCAUCACUACAGGCCCCCAAAUCUCCAGUUCCACCUCGGCACCUCCUUUGUCCCACCUCUUCACCUCCUCUACUGCAUACAUUGGCCCCAGCAAAGCCCCGCCCAUCCAGUCCGGUCCGGGAGCCCCUGCAGCUAGCAACAGUACGGCCUCGGCACUCGCCGUGGUCUCGUGGACGCAGUUCAACGUCAUCAUCCUGGCUGUGAUCAUCGUUCUACUGGUGCUGCUCAUGGGCUUCGUGGGCGCCGUGUACACGUACCGCGAGUACCGUAACCGCAAGCUCAACGCACCGUUCUGGACCAUCGAGCUCAAGGAGGACAACAUCAGCUUCAGCAGCUACCACGAUAGCAUCCCGCAUGCUGAGCCUGGCGUCCUGCUGGAGGAGGAGCAAUGCGCUGCACCGCCCAACGGCCAGCUUGCUUUAGCACCUGCUGCUAACGUUUACAAGGCGUGACAGGAAGCGUGUUCGCACAACAGCGCAGAAUUGGUGGGAAAGACGCUUUACGUUUUCAAUAAUGUGCUACGAGUUGCUAACAUCUCAAUCCGAUGGAUCAUUCGGCAUGAUCAGCGUCCUUAGGAAUCUGAAAGGAAAGACGCUUUCUUGGUUUUAUCGCUCUCUCGUCAUUGUCAUGUGCAAAAGGAAGCGUGUCCACAAGGAAUUCAGAAAAGACAGUGUUUUUCAUGGAACUAACGCGAACAUCUCACUGCAGGAGAUCAGCCAGCUAAACCACGUGAUCGAUCAGCAUCUGUGACCCACAUGAAGCGCGCUAAUGAGAUCUAGAAUCUGACAAUAAGUCAUUUUCAAAGAACGAAGGCUUGCGCUAGGAACUGAUGCGAACAUCUCAGUGCACUGAAACCCGUUUUAUUUCGCUGUGUUAAUGCUAUGUACAGAGCGUGAAAGGAAGUACGUAUCGAUAAGAUUUACUCACCUUGUGCUAGAAGGUAAUCUGGGAUUACAUUUCAGUCCAGCCAUUUUCUCACUACAGCCAGUUUUGAAGAGGUUAUAUCCAAAACCGCUAAUGCUAACGCUCACACCCAGAUACAACCAUUUCUAAAGCUUUGUUUCAUACAAAAUGUGGAAAAAAAGUGUUUCUUAAAAAAAAAGGAGACUCAGAACCUGAGAAAAAAGAUUUUAAAGCUAAGCAUCACAGUCUAGUUGCCUGACUUUUCAUCGCUCCCUGGUCUAUGUGGCAAUAACUCCCUGAAAUCAAAAUAUUUUUGACACGGAGUUGACACUUUAGGAACCUGAUGCUUAUCACCUGACAUCACAUGUUGGCGAGUUAGUCAGAAAAACCUACCGGAAAGGUUAAAAGGUGCUAACCAGCAUCUAAAACUCGAACACUCAGACAUGUCACAUGUUGCUUUGCUUGGUAUCUCUGCAUUUUCAUAUCAAAUUCCGCAGACCUGUAACUCAAAAAUACCGCAAAGGAGUCAUCACUCUGGAAGUUACAUCUGUAUUUGGAAAUCCCUGAUGUUCACUGAGCCUCUGGAAACCCCGCCCUCUUCCUCACAACUCACGUUCAUAAGCUUUCGACUCCAAAGAUGUCCCGAUGUUGCGUCUGUGCUUUCCGUCAUAAUAAAUAUUUUGGGAUUUUAACGAUGUGUAAUAAAAAUCGAUCAACGUGUUCCACUUGGCGACUGUUAAAAUCAGUAAACAUCAGGUAGCUGUAAACAAAAAGUUUAAAAAUAGUACAUUUUGGAUGAAAAGGAUUAAAUAAGCUAGUAGUCAUCCAACAUGUUAUGCAACUAGUAGUCAUCCAACAUGUUAUGCAACUAGUAGUCAUCCAACAUAUUAUGAAUCAUUUUUAUUUGUAAUGAUAACUAGAAAGUGAUAAAAAUGCAGUUUUGGUCAUACAGGACAGAGAAGUGUGUUGUGGAAGAAACUGGAGCAUGUGUAUAAUCAGGGUUUUACGUAUUUUAUGUACAUAACAUCGUUUUUGUAGAUGAGGAAGAAAGCAAGUGUAAAUGUAAACUGUUCUUGUGUCCGUAUCUCGAUUAAAAAAGACGAGCGGCAGCUUUUUUGUUUAAGAUCCCUGAGCUCCUGGUGAUUACCG